AUGUUGAAAAUACUGCCCCCGUGUGUUUGUGGAGUUCUGCCCCCGUGUGUUUGUGGAGUUCUGCCCCCGUGUGUUUGUGGAGUUCUGCCCCCGUGUGUUUGUGGAGUUCUGCCCCCGUGUGUUUGUGGAGUUCUGCCCCCGUGUGUUUGUGGAGUUCUGCCCCCGUGUGUUUGUGGAGUUCUGCCCCCGUGUGUUUGUGGAGUUCUGCCCCCGUGUGUUUGUGGAGUUCUGCCCCCGUGUGUUUGUGGAGCGCUGCCCCCGUGUGUUUGUGGAGCGCUGCCCCCGUGUGUUUGUGGAGCGCUGCCCCCGUGUGUUUGUGGAGCGCUGCCCCCGUGUGUUUGUGGAGUUCUGCCCCCGUGUGUUUGUGGAGUUCUGCCCCCGUGUGUUUGUGGAGCGCUGCCCCCGUGUGUUUGUGGAGCGCUGCCCCCGUGUGUUUGUGGAGCGCUGCCCCCGUGUGUUUGUGGAGCGCUGCCCCCGUGUGUUUGUGGAGCGCUGCCCCCGUGUGUUUGUGGAGCGCUGCCCCCGUGUGUUUGUGGAGCGCUGCCCCCGUGUGUUUGUGGAGCGCUGCCCCCGUGUGUUUGUGGAGCGCUGCCCCCGUGUGUUUGUGGAGCGCUGCCCCCGUGUGUUUGUGGAGCGCUGCCCCCGUGUGUUUGUGGAGCGCUGCCCCCGUGUGUUUGUGGAGCGCUGCCCCCGUGUGUUUGUGGAGCGCUGCCCCCGUGUGUUUGUGGAGCGCUGCCCCCGUGUGUUUGUGGAGCGCUGCCCCCGUGUGUUUGUGGAGCGCUGCCCCCGUGUGUUUGUGGAGCGCUGCCCCCGUGUGUUUGUGGAGCGCUGCCCCCGUGUGUUUGUGGAGUUCUGCCCCCGUGUGUUUGUGGAGUUCUGCCCCCGUGUGUUUGUGGAGUUCUGCCCCCGUGUGUUUGUGGAGUUCUGCCCCCGUGUGUUUGUGGAGUUCUGCCCCCGUGUGUUUGUGGAGCGCUGCCCCCGUGUGUUUGUGGAGCGCUGCCCCCGUGUGUUUGUGGAGCGCUGCCCCCGUGUGUUUGUGGAGCGCUGCCCCCGUGUGUUUGUGGAGCGCUGCCCCCGUGUGUUUGUGGAGCGCUGCCCCCGUGUGUUUGA